GUACCCGGAAGUAGAAUCGUUUACGGGCAGUAGUGUUGAUGUUUUGGAGCGGCCGCAGCUACUGCUGUUGAGGGAACCGUCGUCCUCUAAAGGAUGGUGUGCGAAAAAUGUGAAAAGAAACUUGGUACUGUUAUCACUCCAGAUACAUGGAAAGACGGUGCAAGGAAUACCACAGAAAGUGGUGGAAGAAAGCUGAAUGAAAAUAAAGCUUUGACUUCAAAAAAAGCGAGGUUUGAUCCAUAUGGAAAGAAUAAGUUCUCCACUUGCAGAAUUUGCAAAAGUUCUGUGCACCAACCUGGUUCUCAUUACUGUCAGGGCUGUGCCUACAAAAAGGGCAUCUGUGCAAUGUGUGGAAAAAAGGUCUUGGAUACCAAAAACUACAAGCAAACGUCCGUCUAGACAUAUUGAUGACUUUCUGGCUUUCUGUAGGAUUUUACUUUCUGAUUUGAACUUUCAACACAUAACAUAGAUGUUCAAGUUACAAAAUAACAUGUUUUAAGACAAUUGAGUUUAAGCCAGGGAAAUUGAUCGGUAUUCAUUCUUUUGCUCUCAAGAAGGAACAGCAAAGAUGUAACUACUCUUCUGUCUUAAGUUGUUAAUGCACCAAGUGCAUUUUAUUGAACUGGAAUAAGUAGCAAAUUUAAUGAAAAAAAAUCACCCAGUUCUGCAUGCACUUUUUAUUUCACAGUAUUCAUAUAAUUCCUAUUAUUUUUUCCUACUUUAUUUAUAAGUAUUGCAAGAGUGAGAAGAUUACUGAUGUUUUGCUCUGAACGUGGCAUCUAGGCUUAUAAUUCUUCCCUCGUUUCUUUAUUGUUGCAUAGUUCUUAGAAUCGGCCCUUCCCUGAUUGCAGUUUCACAGGGUAUCUAAAUAUUUGAAAACAUUGCUGAAUGUUCCUUGGUAAUUAGCCCAGACUCAAAUCAAAGACAAGUUAGAUUUGUUUGUUUGUUUUUUUUAAUUUGUUCUUGAAGUCAGAACACCAAUUCCUUUCAUGUAAGAACAAGGAACGCCCAAUACGUCCAAAUUCAUACAUGGAACUUCAGAAAAGCACAUAUGUACCCAUUACCUUGAAUUCAACUGUCAUGAAAGCCAGAAAAACAGAACAGUGUUUGUCCAUGAUGACAUGUAAUAAAAAUUAAUUUGCAUUGAUUUCAUUUAUUUCCACUUUGAGAAAGCUCUUUGAAGCAGAAAAACUUUUUUAAUUCCCCCUCCCCUUCACACACAUGAAAAAGGAAAACAUAGCAAACACCUUGACUCUUUAUUAUAACAUUGACUGCUAAAAAACUACUUUGAGGUUUCAGAGAAAACUUUUUCUUAUGCUGUCUUCAGAGGUUCAGGACUAGUGCCUUUGAUACCUUACAGGCUACUAUGGGAGAGCAAAAAAGUACUCACUGUUACCACCAAGUGCAGUGUGUACAAAUAGAGAGCACUGGAAAACAUGUAGCGUAGGUAAUGUGAUAGUAUACAUGGCAUAUGUUGCAUUUUUAGUUGUUGAAAAUUAUUAUGAAAAGUAAAGCUUUACCUGUUUAAUUUAUAUAUAUGGUUUUUUUAAUAGCUUUUUUCCCCCCUAGGAUACAUUGUUAUUGAUUCAUAUCCACAAAGAUUACAAGGACAAUGCAGAAAUACAAUAAAUAACAACAGUCUGAGGGCGGGGAGUAUCCUGUCACGCUUUAAUUGAUUUGGGAUUUUUAAUUAAAAGUGUAGCACAAGGGGCCUGUAACAAGACCCAGUCAGAGAGUGUUCCAGAUCCAUUAAAAAUUGGGCCGGUUGACUUAGGGAAAAGUGUAUUUUUUAGGUAUAAGUGGGGAUCUGCACUUCCACAACUCACGUUUCAUGUUCCUGCCUUGAGUAGCCUGCUUCCAUGAUGUCCAGUAGCCAGUGUCAGGUUCUCCUACAAAGAUUUUUGUUAAUAUUAUAUCUCAGAACAGAAUUUAAUAUUAUAAAUCUUUGUACUGUCAAAAUAAUAGUCAUGAGAAGUUGUUGUGUUAUUAAGUGCUGUCAAGUCAGUUCCGACUCACAGCCACCCUGUGUACAACAAAACUAAACACUGCCCGGUCC